CCGACUUCCCGAGUCGCUAGUCGGCAACGGAAAAUUAGAUCCCUUGCGCCAGUUGGGAGAUACGCGGACUGCGGAAAAUGGCACGUCUCGGAAGCCUCUUCCGCCUCGGAAGCGUGCUGCUGCUUUGCUCGUUCGCAAUCCUGACGGGAUUGGUGUUCUCGGUUCCGUCGGCGUCGACCACUGACACUCCGAAGAUUAAAGACGCGGCGCGUCGGAUCGUGGAUCCGUUCAAGUCGGGUAACACGGAGAACGAUCCGGACUGCCGUUGGAUGCACGUCGAUCAUCUGAAGGACGUAGAUCCUCACACUGAGAAGGAACACACGAAGGAUUCACACACAUCUCGCUUUGAGGAGGGAUCGGUCGAAGACGCGCGACCUUCGAGGCAUACUGGAGACCGUCGCGAAGGCGAUGUUCCUCGACCGAGUUAUUUGCGAGAAACGGCUGUAGAUUUAUCGUUGCCCGAUAUGUCAGCGGUCCCCGGUCCGAUAUCGGCUCGCACGGCCAACCAGGCUGAAGGAAGAGCUCGGGAUUAUGGAAAUCCCGCGUCCUCGUCGAUCAGAAACACUCCCGAGGAUGAUGUCGAACGUAGAAGCAUCGAUUCGUCGCGACGACGGGACGCCAAUUUCGAAGAGGAUAUCGAGCUAGCCGAAGAUAGGUAUCGAUCGCAGUAUCCUUACUGGUACCAACGGCAAUACCCGAAUCAACGAUACCGGGUGAAUGACAAGAGGGGUCCCUAUCGAAACUAUUUGAGAUAUCCUGUAUUCCCGGGGAGAUAAAUUUCUGAGAGAGACUCGACUCUCUCUCUCUCUCUCUCUCUCUCUCUCUCUCUCUCUCUCUCUCUCAAUAAUGUAAGAGCGAUAUGAUGUAUAUAAAUUGAAACAUUGAAGUAGUGUUACUAUUAAUCGGUGUUUACUGAGUAUGAUAGAUUUGCGUAGUCUGGACGAUAGAUCUUGGAGAGUGUAGAUAUAAAAGAGGUGGACACACACACACACACACGCACGCACGCACGCACACGUGUGUAAAAUAUAAAAAGCGAUUUUUUUUUAUGCACUCCAAAAACGCUUGCGAAUAAAUCCUUGUAGAUGAAUAAUAAAACGACAAAUGCAUGCAUAUAUGAUCGCAAUGUUAUUUAUUUAUAAAACUCCACAUGCACAUAUGUAACUUGGACAUUUUAUUGCAGACGUCGCUGCAUCAUCAAUAUAACGCUCUCUCCUGUACACUUGACCUGUCCACUUCUUGUGUGAUUAUCAAUUAAUCCGAGAUUGCUCGCGUCGUUCUACGUAGCUUUGAUUGGCCACGUAGUUCUGGUGGACGGCUUUCGGUUGCUAAGGUUAACGCUGAAUUAUCUAUCAAUUAAAAUAACUAAAAUAACUAAAAUAACUAAAAUAACUAAAAAAUAUUUGACUUAUCUCUUUAUUUAAUAGCAAUCGAACAAACAUUUACAUAUAUAAUGCAUACGCAUUGUUCUUUGAUUCUUCCUUGAUUCGAGCCUAACCAUCGAUUUAUGUAGAC